GAGCAGUGUGAGGGAGAUAGUUGGAACUGUAUUACCAAGAUUGGAAGGGGAGGUGGGAGUUGUUAAGGCGGAUACGGACUUGCUCCUGCCUGACUCACUCUCUGUCCCGGAGGUUUGGCAAUUCCAUCGCCAGAAGGAGAAGUUGAAGCUUAUACUUGUCCGGGAAGUUAAUGUCUUGACUUAUAAGUGAGGUUUGCCCAGUUGGAAACUUUGAUUUUUCUGUGACAGUUAACCAGUAUAAUUUUUUUUGUGUGUGGAUAUUCGUCCGUCUCCAGUUUGCCGGGCCGUACUGUAACCGGGAGUUGGCCCAUCCCAGGCUUCAGCUCUACAUCCCCUUUCUCUUAUAUGACAGCGUCCUGAAAUUGAACUAGUUAUAAGGCUCAAUCGCUGGAUUGUGUCAAGGAUUAGAAAGAAGAUAAAUUCCCAUUUUAUCUGUGGACUUCAGCAGUGGUUUGUAAUGAUGGGGUCAGGAUUUUUGUUACGUUUAUGUAUCUGUGCCUUUUGUCUGUGUCAAAGUCUUGCUCAGCCAGAUGGAAAUGAGUGCCUUGCCGCUAGUGCCAAGUCUUGCGGAGAGUGUAUACAAGCAGGUCCAAAUUGUGGAUGGUGUACUGAUGCUAGUUUUUUACAAGAGGGAAUGCCAACUUCUGCUAGAUGUGAUGUCAUUUCAGCAUUAAAAGAAAAAGGUUGUCCGGCAAACAAAAUUGAAAACCCCAGAGGAAGCAGAACUAUACUGUUGAAUAAAGAGAUAACAAACCGCAGUAAAGGAACUGCUGACAAACUCAAGACUGACGAAAUUACACAAAUCCAACCUCAGAAACUAGAGCUGUAUUUACGCUCAGGUGAACCACAGUCUUUUGAACUUAAAUUUAAGAGAGCAGAAGACUAUCCUAUUGAUCUGUAUUACCUUAUGGACCUCUCCUUUUCUAUGAAGGAUGACUUGGAGAAUGUGAAGAACCUAGGAACAGCACUGAUGGAUGCUAUGAAACAAAUCACUUCAGAUUUCCGAAUUGGCUUUGGUUCUUUUGUAGAAAAAACAGUCAUGCCUUAUAUUAGUACUACCCCAGCAAAACUCCUGAACCCUUGCACUGGAGAACAAAACUGCACAAGCCCUUUUAGCUACAAAAAUGUGCUAAAUCUUACAGCUGAUGGACACUUAUUUAAUGACCUUGUAAGCAUGCAGCAGAUAUCUGGCAACCUGGACUCUCCUGAAGGUGGAUUUGAUGCCAUUAUGCAAGUUGCAGUUUGUGGAGAACAAAUUGGCUGGAGAAAUGUUACACGUCUUUUGGUCUUCUCUACUGAUGCCGGAUUCCAUUUUGCUGGAGAUGGAAAGCUUGGUGGAAUUGUUUUACCAAAUGAUGGAAAGUGCCAUCUGGAAAAUGGCAUGUACACAAUGAGUCAUUACUACCCUACAAAUAGUCUGUACCACUUAACAAGAAAAGCAGGAAAUAACAAAAUUCAGCCAACACUAGCUUCAGUUCAAGUUACUGAAGAGCAGAAAGGAAUUUCUUUUCUCAUAAAGGAACUGCAGAAUCUUAUUCCAAAGUCAGCUGUUGGAACACUGUCUUCCAAUUCCAGCAAUGUCAUCCAGCUCAUUAUUGAUGCCUAUAAUUCUUUGUCUUCAGAAAUUAUCUUUGAAAACAAAAAACUUCCUGAAGGUGUAACCAUAAGCUUCAAGUCGUACUGUAAGAAUGGUGUAAAUGGAACUGGAGAAAAUGGAAGGAAGUGCUCCAAUAUUUCUAUUGGUGAUGAGGUACGUUUUAUUUGUGCUUCCAGGUGCAAUGAAGGUCGAAUUGGUAGGUUGUGCGAGUGUAGCACUGACGAAGUAAAUAGUGAAGAUAUGGAUGCAUCAUGCAGACGUGAUAACAGUUCUGAAAUCUGCAGUAAUAAUGGAGACUGUAGCUGUGGAGAAUGCGUCUGCAAGAAACGUGAAAACCCAAAUGAAAUUUACUCUGGCAAAUACUGUGAAUGUGACAACUUCAACUGUGAUAGGUCUAAUGGCCUAAUUUGUGGAGGAAAUGGCAUUUGCAAGUGUCGUGUUUGCGAGUGCUUCGCUAACUUCACUGGCAGUGCUUGUGACUGCUCAGAGAACAAUGCUACGUGUAUGGCAGAGAAUGGACAGUUAUGUAAUGGAAGAGGAGAAUGUAUAUGUGGCAGAUGUAAAUGUAAUGACCCUAAAUUUCAGGGUCCCACCUGUGAAAGUUGUCCUACUUGCCCUACCGUCUGUACAGAGCACAAGGACUGUAUUCAGUGUAAAGCGUUUCAGAAGGGUGAAAAAUCUUUAUGUAAUGCGUGCAAGGACUUCAAGCUAAUACUGGUUGAUGAUCGUGAAAGCCUGCCAAAGCUUAACGAGCACCGUACUGUCAUGCCCUGCAAAGAAAAGGAUGCUGAUGACUGCUGGUUCUACUUCACAUUUGUCAGCAAUAGUACUAACGAUGUGACGGUUUAUGUUUUAAACAAACCAGAAUGCCCUUCUGGACCAGAAAUCAUUCCUAUUGUUGCAGGUGUGGUGGCUGGUAUUGUUCUAAUUGGCCUAGCAUUACUGCUGAUCUGGAAGCUUCUUAUGAUCAUUCAUGAUAGAAGAGAGUUUGCCAAGUUUGAAAAGGAGAAAAUGAACGCAAAAUGGGAUGCUGGUGAAAAUCCAAUUUACAAGAGUGCUGUGACAACUGUGGUGAAUCCUAAAUAUGAGGGAAAAUGAGAAGACUAGAAGACUACAUUUGUGGAAUUUUCUUUGAAAACACUGUAUUGCAAAAUAUUUUUAUUCACAGCAAGGUAGCAUUAGGGCAAUGCUGCAGUGGAUUUAUUAACUUGGUGCAUUUGUUUUCUAUGCAUAUUUUUUAAACCUGUACAGUAUGUAUAAACUUGAUAAUUUUGGUUUGUAAUUUUCUUUUGUAAGUACAUAUAGUGCCACAGGACUGGCAACAAAAUCAUGACUGCAUAGUAUUACACAGAUACUUCAGAGUAUCUUUUUAAUAGCCUUUACAGCGUAAAGUUCAUCAUCUUUGGAUAGUAUUGUGUUUUUUUUUUUAAUUCAGGGUGUGAGUGUAUAGAUACUUGUUUUACAAGGUGUAUUAGUAACUGUUUUGGCUCAGCUUUCAGGAGGUAGUAUUGCCAAAAAAUAAGGUAAUUUAAAAGUAGUAUGUACUUUUCAGGGUUAAAUUUAUUGUACCGCCUUACACUUCUAUGCACCACAAUAGCCAAGAGUCUCAUCCUGUGACCGUAAGCUGUGUAGUCCAUUGCCCUGUUUUGCUGACUUUACUUGUCCUGUGAUGGUCCCUUGCAGCUUAACAUUGUUGGUGGUAGGAAACAGUCAUCUUUAUCUAGUCUGAAGGAAGCAGCCCUUGUAAUCUAGCCAUCAACCAGUGUUUAGUGGCCCAAGCAAACGCAAGGCCUUUAUCAAUAAGCUUGCUCUCUAGAUUCAGUCCUGGUGCUUGCCCCUUUUGCAGAGCCAUCUUAAUGGUAGUAUUUCAUUGUAAAUGAUUUUUUGAGAAAAAUCGCAGUUAACCUAUCAAGUUGAAUUCCUGUAGGUUUUCUGCUGUUUGCAAGGUAACUGAAGAUAGAACUGAAGAUUUUUAAAGCAGUAUGAAAACCUGUAAUCUUAUUUCAUCAGUCUUUUUACUUUGUAUUCAAGAUAGUUUUAAGCACUUUGUUAAUUUUCCUGCCCAAGAGAGUGAUACAUAUUUUUGAAAACUUUGUUUAAUUGUACCUUGGCACACUUAAUAUUGUGGUGCUUCAGUUCUUUGAUCAAGUGCUUUGUGUAGAGUCUGCAUGCCCACCUGUCCAUGUGGGUUUUCUGAGUACUCUUUCUUCCCACAUCCCAAAGCCAUGAUGUAAGUGGAUUGCUGAUUCAAAAUGUUGUAUGCCCGUAUGAGAGAGAGAUGAAAAGCCUGGCAAUCUCCGUGAUUUAGUACUUGACAUAGUACUCUCUAUGGAAAGCAUUGGUCACUGCAAGAAUCUGAUGCAACUCGACAGCAUUUGAAGUGGCUGUAAUUGGAUUUCCUGUUUGAACAUUUACAGUGACAGUAAUUUCUAAAGCAUUCAUUUUACAGAUCAUGUUUCAGCGGGCAAAAACUAGGCAUUUUUAGAAAGGGGAAGAUACAUUCAUAAUGUUUUUGGUGCAUGCUGGGAAUCUUGUAGAUUUAUUAUAACAUUUAAUUUGGGAGUCAAGUUUUUAAGCAAGUCUACUUUAGUCUGAAAAAUUAGCUAGCUUUUGGUCUAGAAAUUAACGCAAAGAAUUAACAGUACGAUCUGCUAACAGGUUUCAUCCUGAAACCCAGGGUUGAAUUCUCUCAGCCUCCAUUUGCCUAAUGUGCAAUUCUGAGCAAGUCACUUAACCAGUCAGUACUCCUAAAGUUGCCCAUGAAAAGGGUAAUCUGAUUAAAAAAAUAAAUGAACUAAAAAAUAAACAUGUAAAUUGGACCCACUCAGAGUUGGCCCUUUAGCACAUUUGCCAGCAUUAAACCAGCCAUGCUUAAACAUCUACUUUUUUUGACAGUGUUGGUCCCAUGCAGUUCUGUCAACCUUAAGUACUAUCAUUAUCAUGCAAAAUCUGCAUGUUUCUCAACACAUCUUGCAAAAUACACAUUUUUUCUUAAAGAAAAGGCUUUGAUAGCCUUUUCUUCAUAGCUGGUUUUGAAGGUAUUGCUUUAAAGAUUCACCGUUUCAAUUUAGAAAUUUGUAAUCAAAUUAUUCCCACAGUAUUAGUUAUCUGAUUGUUUUUUGUUGGAAGUUCUCUGGAAUUAUAAACAUGAAACUAGAAUCUCAUUAAUGUCCUGGAGACUUGCAAUUAUCAGCUGUGUAUGUCUGUGAUGGUAUCUAUGCAGCAUUUUUUAAGAACAGUUAGAAGAAAAAUAUCCAAUAAGCACCUGCAUUCAUUUUCUUGCAGGGCAUAUUAGUAGUUAUGUAGAUUUAGCAAUGAAAUUUGCAUUAGUUAAGAUGGAGGGAUUCAUGUCCCUUUCUGCACCAUUUACUUGUUUAUGUUUUGUGGAUUAAUAUAUAGUUUGCAUACCGUGUGGUUGUUGGUUUGUAGUAGAACUGUUUGUCAUAAAACUCAAACUCAUAUAUUAAUAUAGUACACCACCUGGAAGGUGUGCACCAUGUCUGCUGCGAGUUAUUGGAAAUCUUGUUGACCGCAAAGAGGGUGGUUCUUUAGGUUAAAGAAGUAUCCAGUUUCAUUUCAGACUCAAGUGCUGUCAAAGGUAAAAAAAAAAAGUCUGAAAACACUUAAAAGCCUCUCUGAUAAUAAAGAAACAGUAGGUGUUGUCUAUGUUGUGGAAUGAUGAGUUGAGAGCAGACAGGUGAGAAAUGGGUUACUAUAGAAAGUACAUAAGAGAAUGAGAUUUGUAAAGUAACGAGCACAGGCCUUUUUUCAUACAUUUUUGCAGUGAUGUUUUUAAUGCAGUCAGUCCCCUGUAUGAAAUAUUGCUUUGUUUUGCAGCAAAAGCAUCCAGUGUUAACAAGUAUCAAUAAUCAUUUUAAUACCCAUUUUCAUUUGUAGCUCUUAUAGUAAGUUUGUCACUUCUCCUUGAGGAAUCUUAGUAGCCCUUGAAAAGUAAUCUGCCUGACUAACAGUGAUACUUCAAAAUGUUUUUUUUUUCUUUUUCUUUGUACAUUUGGGUUAUUACCACAUGCUUUAUUCAGUACUUCUAUAGUCCUGAAUGUUUAAAUGCUGCCAGCUAUCUUUUUGUAUGAACUGUGUAUUGAACACCAUUUUUUUCAUGUUUUGUAUUUGUAACUGUAAAAAGUAAUGAAUUGUCAAAGUAUGGUACAGCUGCAUGCAGCAGAUGUCAUCAAUUUAAAAAAUGUGCCAUCUGGGAUCAUUAUAGAAAGUAAUUGCCUUUGUUAACAAUUUAAGUCACAUUUUCCUUUAUUACAAAAUACACAUUCUUGUUUAAGUGCCUUUUUAUUUUAACAAAAUGUUCACGUUUGCAAUACUUUUAAAGUUAUUUAUUUAAUAAAGUAUGUAAAAUUAAA